GCAAUUUGAUUCACACAGAUUACAGCGUUGCAUGCUGUCGUUAGGGCUAUUAAGCGCGGGACCCCCGGACCACUCAUAUCUGAGUUUCAGAUCCAACAUUCCCGAUCCAAGCUCUUCUAUUUCUCCUCGUCUCCUCUUCUCUCUUAAUAUCCCUUCAAGACAAUCCCAACUUCUUUCCCGCCUUACUCGCCUUCUCUGCAAUAAUCCACGACGAGUUUCCUGGGUGAGGAGUUCGCAUUCACUUCUGCCUCAAGUUACAAUGGAGAAGGUUGAUUCCACGCUUAAGCUUCACACCCGGAUGCGACUAUGGGAAUUCCCAGAUCAGUUUGUUGUUGAGCCAACAGAUGGGUCUUCUAGUUCUUGUUUAGCAAUCAGCCGGGUGGAUGGGUCGAUGAAUCCGAUUGAUGAGAUUCCUCAUUGCAAUUCUGUUCGGGCUCCAAAAAUUCAAACAAUUUUUGGUGUAAUUGGAGUGUUGAAGCUCUUGGCAGGAUCGUAUGUGCUUGUGAUAACAGGGCGUGAACAAGUUGGAUCUUAUUUGGGGCAUCCUAUAUACAAAGUUUCAAGCUUACAGAUUUUACCAUGUGAUCAUUCUCUUAAAAAUUCCCCUACAGAUCAGAAAAAGAUGGAGACUGAGUUUUCUGUGCUCCUAAAUGCUGCAGAGAAGACUUCUGGUCUGUAUUUCUCCUAUGAUGUCAAUUUAACACUCAGUGCUCAAAGAUUGCAUGACUUGGGUGAUGAGUCAAAGCAGCUUCCUCUUUGGAGACAGGCAGAUCCUAGGUACCUCUGGAAUAACUACUUAUUGGAGAUGCUAAUAGAUUGCAAGCUUGAUCCUUAUGUGCUUCCAGUUGUCCAAGGGAGUUUUCAUAACUUUCAAGCAGCAAUUGGCAAAGACAUAAUUGAUGUUAGUCUGAUUGCACGGAGAUGCACUAGGAGGACUGGUACACGAAUGUGGAGAAGAGGAGCUGAUUCAGAUGGUUAUGUUGCCAAUUUUGUGGAAUCUGAGCAAAUUGUGCAAGUGAAUGGAUGUACAGCAUCAUUUGUGCAGGUUCGAGGGUCUAUUCCCCUACUUUGGGAGCAGAUUGUUGAUUUGACAUAUAAACCUAAAUUUGAGAUUGUUAGACCUGAGGAGGCUUCUCAUGUUGUAGAACGCCACUUUUUUGAUUUAAGAAAAAGAUAUGGGUGUGUCUUUGCUGUUGAUCUUGUUAACCAGCACGGAAGUGAGGGACGCUUGAGUGAGAAAUUUGCCAAUGCAAUGCAGCAUGUCAGUAGUGAUGACAUCAGAUAUAUGCAUUUCGAUUUUCACCGGAUUUGUGGUCAUAUUCACUUUGAGCGUCUAUCCAUCCUUUAUGAUCAAAUUGAAGAUUUCCUCACGAAAAAGGGGUACUUUUUGUUGAAUGAGAAAGGUGAGAAAGAACAAGAGCAACUUGGGGUUGUGAGAACCAAUUGCAUUGAUUGCUUGGACCGUACAAAUGUUACCCAGAGCAUGAUUGGUAGAAAAUUGUUGGAAAGCCAACUACAACGGAUGGGGCUUUUCAAUGCUGAUGAAACUAUUAGCACACACCCAAAUUUGGACGAGAAAUUUAAAAUAUUAUGGGCCAACCACGGUGAUGAUAUAAGUAUCCAGUAUUCUGGAACUCCUGCCUUGAAAGGAGAUUUUGUCAGGUUUGGCAAGCGAACGGCUGAGGGAAUUGCCAAAGAUGGGUGGAAUGCCCUUGCCCGUUAUUACCUGAAUAAUUUCCGUGAUGGGACAAAACAGGAUGCAAUUGAUCUCCUGCAAGGACACUAUAUUAUAUCUGUUAGUCGAGAUAUCACUCCACCUUCGCAAAAAGGGAAACUUGAGGAUAUAGCAUCUUUCCCACUGGCUUUGGUGAUAAUCUUGGCUGGGCUAUUCUUUGCGAUGAUGUCGCUGAGGCAAGUUCGAACUGAUAUUCGCAAUUUGUUCUUUUCGGUCUUCUGGGCGAGUCUGAGUUUGUGUCUAGCAGCAUUUGUGAGAGCCAAUGGCCGGAUAUUUUGCAAUCGGCCUCGUUUGCACAAGCCACGAUGUUGAGGGACCAAGAAUUCUAUCCUGUUUGUGACAUAUGUUGUUCAUUGUGCAAUCUGCUGCCUAAUUUAUUUAUUCUUUAGUUCAUUUUUUGUAGCAUGAUCAGCUCACACUGUUGACUUUAUAACCAAAUUACAUGGUCCAUUUUUUUUGGAUUGCCCAUCCCCAUCAACACUGAAAUAAAGAAGCUUAUUGCUGGUGCCGCU